UAAGUGAGCCGACCGGGCAAUAUGUGAUGGAUCAAAGCGAGAAGAGGUCUGCAGUCGGUCACUUCAUGAAGACCCGAGCUGUUAUGUCACGGGAGACUCAUCUUAAGUUACCCACAAAGCCCGGAAAUCCAGGAAAAUCCCCCGCCAGAAGGAUGAGGAGACCCAGAACUAGAAAGACCUCCACCAGACAAAGAACCAGGUCAACCCCAUCUCUUCUCCCCAAAACACGGAAAAGCGUAAAAAAAACGUGUUGCCCGCAGUGCGGGAAAUCUUUCCAAUACAUCUCGGCUCUGAAAACUCACCUCAGGGUCCACGGCGGAGACGAGCCCGAUAAGCGGAACCUCUGUGACAAGACCUUUAAUCACAAGUCAGAGUUGCUCGUGCGCAGACGGAGAAAUUCCCGAUCCUCCGCGCGGGGUGCAGAGAAUAUUCUUCCGCCGGCUUCCAGAGGCUCCGUUCUGAAAUCAAGCAGAAGGAAGAAAACGGUCUCGAGAGAGAGUGCACGUAGCAAGAGGAAAGCCAGGAAGGUAAAGAGAAAGUCGGCCUCGAAAACGGCGAGGUCUAAAUCCAAUAGGGCAAACGAGGAAGCUGAGAAGCAGAAGCCGCUGAAGUGUAAUUUCUGUGAGAAAAGGUUCAACAGCCAGUCCAUCCUGGAAGCCCAUCACCGAAUCCACACCGGCAAGCUGCCCUACCCUUGUCCGCUGUGUGACGAGAGUUUCGCCAAGGCGUCGCUGCUUGCUGCGCACAGCAGCAAGCACAAGGAACGCAAACCUUACCAGUGUGACCAAUGCGACAAAAACUUUAACGACCAGACACUUUUCUUGACUCACAAGAAGACACACGAGGAAGAGACCCUUCACGAGUGCAGCGAGUGCAGCAGCGCCUUCCCCAGCCAUAGCAGCCUUCUGGCGCACGAGCAAAGCCAUCUAAAACCCAAGCCAUACAAGUGUCGGCACUGUGAGAAGAGCUUCAACGCUGAGUCCCUGCUCGCCACUCACGAGGGGGUGCACACAGGCAACCGGCCCUACAAGUGCAACCAGUGCAGCGAGAGCUACUACCUGAAAUCCCAGUUGGAGGCCCACCAGGCCUCGCACUCCGUCGACAAACCCUAUCCGUGCAGCCAGUGCGAGAGGAGCUUCAAUAAGAAACAGACUCUCCUGGCGCACAUCCGAGUUCACAAUCUGCACAACAUGCUGAGGCUGAAAACUCAUAGGCAGUGAGGGAACGAGGGGCUACGGCCCAGUUGGCGCCAGGGACACGUGACCUUUUCGCCUUACCCUGUGUCCAUGCAUGCGUGUUGGUAGAGUCGGCGUCAUUGGGGCGACAUGACACAGGCCGAACUGCUUUGUGGUGUUUUUGGACGGAUGGAGUUUACAGCCAUGUGCAGUGGAGCUGCGCCUUAGGUUUAUGGGUCACGGCACGGCCUUCAAGAAGUAGACGUUCUCCGCGGAUCUGAUUAGCGGCGGUGCACAGCACUGUUGCCCCUAAGGAUUCAUGUGCGGAGAGUCCCCACUGAAAACCGCAGGCAAAUCCGUGCGGUCAGUCCAAGUGAAUGGAGAAAAUCCGGUCAGGAAAAAAAAUUUUUAAAUCCGCGCGGAAAAAAUCUGCAUCGUGUACAUUGAGAAUUUCAAGUUCUCAUAGAAUACGAUGCACAUGACCUACGGCGCGGAUUUUCCGCACGCAUAUUUGCGUGGAAAAGCCGCACGCAAUCCUGAUUGUGUGCAUUCAGCUUUAAGGUGGUGUCUGGUUUACAAAACCUUUUUUCAAUACCCUGUUAGUUAUGUGCGGGGUCCGAUUCUGGAUCUCUAGCAUUUAGCCGGAGGAGAGUGGCUCAUCGUCCUCGCGUUUAUUACAGGGACAGCCUAUUGAAUGUCGUGAGAACUGUAUGUUUCUUCAUUCCACUUGGGGUGUUACUACCGGAGAAUUGCGUAGGACCCGUUGGGGGGCUCUUCUAAUACAUGGUGAGAUCCCCUUUAAACUGGAGACCUGAGUAAUAUGAAAUGGAUUGGCAGCAUCCUACCAGGAACUUGGCAGUAGUCCCGUCAUGUCAACGUCCAUCAGCCUGCAGUGUAAAAUAUUCAGAUGGAAAAGCCGACCGAAUUGUGAAAUACUUGACUUCAUUAGCUCUUAGAUGGCGUUGUAGUAGUUCCCAUUCCCCCCUUCCAGUCACUCGGCUCCGUAUUCAUGACAUAACGUGACACACUGGGCAGAUCUUCAUGUCACUUACCAGGGUCACUUACUAUUUCACACUGGUCUCUAAUAUCCAACCCUCUGAGGUGCUCUAUACAGUAUGGAUCGAAAUAAGCAAUAAAAACUACCGCUGCAGGCGGGUUAUUGGGCUGUACAGAAUUUGUAGAAACCACACCCCCUUCUGACAUCACUUCCUGCUUUGCAUCUAUUGGCUGAAACUGCACCUCACAAACUUCCUUCUCUGCCCUCCCCCUGUACAGAGUAUUGAGAGAUCCAUAGUAGUGGCUCCCUUCUGUAUUUAGACCAGAAAGAAGAGAGCGCUCACCAGUAUGUUGUGCUGGGGAAUUAUCCAGAGCGGAGAGCGCUCCCCAGUAUGUUGUGCGGGGGGAUUAUCCAGAGCGGUGAGCGCUCACCAGUAUGAUGUGUGGGGGGGGAUUAUCCAGAGCGGAGAGCGCUCACCAGUAUGAUGUGUGGGGGGGAUUAUCCAGAGCGGAGACCGCUCACCAGUAUGAUGUGCUGGGGAAUUAUCCAGAGCGGUGAGCGCUCACCAGUGUGAUGUGUGGGGGGGGAUUAUCCAGAGCGGAGAGCGCUCACCAGUAUGAUAUGUGUG